AUUAGAAAGAAUAUUUAGUGAAUAUAGCAAUUCGAUACGGUAUAUUUUGUUUACUUCCAUCUUUUGUAAUAUUUAUUUAUUAUUACACAUAUUUUUUUGGCGAUUUCAGAGUUCUCAAACUGGCAACACUUUUAUAUGAAUCGUGAAAAUGGCAAGUGGUGGCAUGUUUGAUGACAAAAUAAAUACAAAUGAUAUGUCUGUAGCAGAAGAAAGUUCAAUAAACGACGCUUUAGCACCAGAAGCUAGAUUUGAAUGUCCCAUUUGCCUAGCUUGGUUGAGAGAUCCAGUUCUAACCUCUUGUGGUCAUCGGUUUUGCAGAAAUUGUAUUUAUUCUUGGUUAGAGAGGGAGAAUGCUUGUCCUGUGGAUAACAUGAAAUUAAAUAAAGAAGAUAUAUUUCCAGAUAAUUUCACAAGAAGGGAAAUAUCUCAACAACGUACAAAGUGUCCAAAUAUUGUUAGAGGUUGUCUAAUAGAGUUAUCUCCCUUGGAUAUCGAAACUCACCUUAUGGUUUGUGAAUAUAAAAUUCCCGAAUUGCCAGAUAAUGAAAAAUUACGAUGCUCUUUUAUGGAAGUUGGUUGUGAGGAAAAAUUUGAGGACGAACCUGAACUUCAGAGACAUUUGGAACAACACAUACAAAAACAUUUAACAAUGUUAUCUAAAGCAUAUGGAAAAAUUGUUGUGAAUAAUUAUCCAACGAAUAGUACUGCCAGCUUAUCAGAACAAGCUAAUUUCUGGGAUCCACCAGCAAAAAAUGAAGUGCAGUCUGUAGUUAAAGAUAAUAAUCUUCAAGAAUUGUUGAAGACACUGUAUGAGAAAAUAGUCUAUUUAGAACAAAAAACCAGAGAACAAGAUAUUAUAAUAGUAAAUAUGUCAGAACAAAUUUCAUCCCAUAAUCUUAGUAUGACAAAGCUGCAUCAGCGUUAUUGCAAUGGUUGUUAUUUAUGGUAUUUUAGUGACUUUAAAAACAAAAUUAAUGCAAUGAGGGAAAAUCCGCAUUUGAUGCACUACAGUCCAGGAUUUUUCACUAGUCCAAACGGAUAUAAAUUAUGUCUGCGGUUGAAUUUGUCUCCCAAAGAUAAUAAUUACAUUGCAAUAUUAGUACAUGUUAUGAAAACUGAACACGAUCAUUCAUUAGAUUGGCCAUUUAGUGGCAGAUUAACAAUAAGUCUAAUUCAUCCUACGCAAUCAUUUCGCACCAUAAAAGAAACAAUGAUGACUCGUCCAGAACUAGAUGCAUUUAAACGUCCAGUACAAAAUAUGAAUACAAAAGGAUUUGGAUAUACCGAAUUCGCUUUGUUAGAAGAUAUAAUAGAACAAGACUUUAUUUCAAAUAAUCAGUUAUUAAUAAAAAUACAAGCUCAAACACUUUAAAUAAAUUAUAACGGUAACAUUAUUUUCUCAAUUUAUUCAAAAAUAAUAUACUAAAUCAGUUGAAGGAUUUUUUGAAUACAUAAAUUUUAUAUAUUCUAACCAAUCACAGAACUUUCGUUUUUGACCUUGCGCAACAAACAUGUUUAAUUGUAACAUAAAAGCUAACAUCAGUCUCCGAGACGAUUGUAUGAAAAUGGUACAUCGUUGGAAGGCAAAGUAUUGAUAAUGUAUCAUACAUAAUUAUAUUAAACUCAACUGAAUCGGUCAUUUCAAAAACCUCAUAUGUCACUCAAUUGGAAUUUUUCAGAAAUCAAUAAAAACUGUUUCAAACAUAAACAAAUGAGCUUUCAAGGAAUUUUUUAUGUUUAAUUUAGUAUCUAAAAUUACUUUCCUCUCAAAAUAAUUUAGUAAAAGACAAGUGAACUUCAAAUAUAACAUUAAUGGCGAUGGUUUACGAAAGAUUGUUGAACCAAUCAAAACAAAGCAAAUUUAAAAACGUCCAACUCAGUCAUAAACUUCUCCUGCCAUCUAGAAGUGCAUACAAAAACCUCUUAAGUCACUGACUAAUGUUUAUGCAAUGAACGUCUUUCACGCGGUAUUAUUGAAAGAGGAAGGUAUGUAUUGACUUAUGUGGUUUUUACCCAGAAUACGCAUCUACAUUUAAGAAACCAUUUUCAACAAAAAAAAAAUCAUUUUGGAAAAAAUGUGACAGGUUUUUGAAAUGACCGAUUCAAUUAAACAAAUUUCUAGAAAAUUGAAGUAAUGAACUUGAGAUAAAAACGGAAAAUUUAUUAUUAUUGUAGUAGAAACCAUAAUGGGGAUUCCCAAAAAGUCAGUCUUUCAUUAUAAAAGCACAAACUAUCACGAUCCAAAUUACCGACUAGAAAUUUUAUUGUUGAAAUUAGUCUAUAAUUUCAAUACGUUCUUUGCAUACUGGCCUUACGUGUUCCAAACACAUAAAAUUUAUUUGGUUUUCCUGCUUUUCUUACUCGAAUAAUAACAUCGGCCAUAUACAGAAUCUGGUGGGGUUUCAUUUGCGGUGUAAGAAAUGUAAAUUUCCCCAAUUUUCAUCUUUAUGAUUUUUGCAAUGUUUUUGAUAUAGAAGCGUGUCGUUGAAGCGGCUGGUUGCCCAUAUUUUUUAAGAACAAUCUUCUGGGUUGCUUUGACUGUACACUCGUCUUAUAUAUCACAUAUGAGUUAAUGGUGGCUAUAUUUAUUGUGCCAUAAAAAAUUAUGUCGCGUAAUUCGCGUGGAGUUGUAUGCUGCGCAUAAUUUAUCUACGGUAAAGAUGCUGGAGUCUUUUCUGUUCGUCUUCAUAACUUCCCGAAGCCAUUUUCUUCAAACAAUUCUAAAUAAAUAAUAGGAUACGUAAUUGGAUUAGUAAAUAUAUUUCAAAAUCAUUUUUGACUUUAUUUUCAGUAUUAUACAACUACACUGAAGCUAACUUCAGUCUGUACGACCGAACACGUGUUAACGAAAGGUCGCCGAGACCGAAUUCACUCAAAACCACUGACACGUUUGGCACAUCCAACCCACAUUUUCGUACUGAAAAGAGAUGUUUGGGAGUAAGAAAGUACUGGGAGCCGUCGGGCUAUAGCGUGGCACAAUCGUAAUAUUUCGGAAAAAUUGUAAACUGUUAGCUUCAGAAGGUUAAUUAUUGAUAAAUUAUCCAUGUUAAUGCCAUAUAUUUCACAUAUUUUUAUUUUCCAUAUGUUAUUUUAAACAUAUCUUAAUAUUUAAUUCCAUCCUUUUAUUUGCAAAAUAUUAAAGGAACAUACUCAGUUAAAAUUUAUGAAAUUGGUUGAAUUAAGCUUACAGUAAAACUUGGUUUAUGCAUCCAAAAUCAAAACUGAAUUGAAAUUAACAUUAAACUAAACUUUCUUGGUGGUAAUAUUUUGAUUUAUGCAAUAAAUUAAGAAUAAUUAUAAAUUACUGCUAAAUCAAUAGAAAUUCCUUUUUGCCAUACAAAUGUGGAAAGCUCCUGGCACUAUCAAUGUUCCGCGCUCUGAAAGACAUAGCGGACUUUCAAACAAUGCUUUCUCCCAUUUUCUUGAUAUCAAUUUUAAAAAUAAAACACCACGGUGGAAAGCGGCGUAAUAACGCUAAUAUAAUUUCCGUAAACAAAGAACAAGCGUUUUGUUAAUAACACAAUAUCACCAAUACAGACUCAUCUGACGUAUUCUGUGCUCAUAACCUCACAAAAUUAAUGAAUUAAACUAAAAUGUUAAAAGUUUGCAAACUCUUGCGUUUAAUUAUAAUUUAAAUACAAGUACCGUUUCAAUGUAUUUCAACUAGAAAUUUAAUUUGUUAGUUUAAUGGUAAUUUUUAAUUUUGGCAACAGAAACCAAGCUUCAUUGUUAAUUUUGUAGUAAAUAUAUUUUAGUAGAUUACCUCACUACAUAUUAUAAUACAAAGCCUCCUCCACGCCUGUGUUUCUAUAUCAGAAUAAAGUCAAAAAGUACUGAACAGAUUUUAAUUUGUUUUCAACGAAUGGAGUGUUUUAUAUGAAGGUUUAGAUAUAUAAGGUUUGCGUGUGGCAUAAAUCUAUUUGUUACACUCAACUACACUUUGGAUUCAAACGCAUUUAGUGGAUUAUAUUUGGAACUCAGCUUUCGCUAAACAAUAUGUGGUUCAAGAUAAUCUCUCAAAAUGGAAGGCUUCUUAACCUUAGACCGAUCUAUUGGUUUUUAAAAUAAAUAUGGAUAUUGAAUAUGAUUUUGGUAUUUUAAACACGGCGAUUCAAAACUCCAUAUCCACACCGUGGGCAUCACGGACAAUCCGGAAUGCCGCUGGUGCAUGGAGGAGGCUGAAACAGCAGACCGCCUCUAAGUACUCACGAGCGCAGCUCAAACACACACACAGUAUGCCUAAUGACAUCAAAGCGCCUGAUCGGCUUCUCAAAGGACAAACGCCUUUCCGUCGAAGUGACUCAUGGCUACUAAAACUCCACGAUGCAACUAUUCAAUCACGCUAGGCUCCCCCCGCCCACGCAGCGCUUACCUCGCGAAAAAGAUGAUGCAAUAUGCACGUUCUAUUGCGUCACCAUGUACAUCAUAUUCUAUUUAAAUCUAAUUCAUAUAUUCAACACAUCAUGCCGAUAGGAUCUUACGACAAACAAAAUAUGUGUGCCUUUGCCCAACUGAAACCGGUCUCUUUGUUUUAUAAUAUGUAGGAUUUACAUAUUAUAACUCCUAUAAUUAAAUGUGAUCAAUAAAGUUGUAUUAUUAAUCCGUCCAAUAUUAAAACUAAUUAUAGUAGGUAUAUAUCUGUUAUUACAGUUUUAAUAUGUAUUACAUAUUCAAAAAUAUAUUUUGUUUAAAACCUA